AUUCUCCAUUACGUUGCUCCAUCAACAUCAACAGGAAUAAUGAACGGCAUCAAUGGGCACAUAGCCCCUCCGGGCCUUUGGCAAGAGGCGCGCAAUGCUGAAGGGCGAGUGUAUUACUACAACACCAUCACCAAAGCGACCCAGUGGACCAAACCUGAGGAGCUCAUGACUGUAGUGGAGCGCGCUCUGGCCGAUCAACCAUGGAAGGAAUACACUGCUGAAGGGGGCCGUAAAUACUGGUAUAAUACCGAAAGCAAACAGAGCUCCUGGGAGAUGCCAGCGGUCUUCAAGGAUGCGCUUGCGAAAGAAGCUGUUCCUGCGCAAGCCGCAGCACCAUCUGCCCCAACCUUUGUUGCUGGUGGAGGUUUCUCGCAAUACGAUCAGCCACGCGACAGAGAGCCAGUUGGGGAAGCUCGUCAGAUCGCUUACGGCAACGAUGUCAACGGUAGCAGAGCUCAAGUGUUCGUGCCCGCAAAUACCGACCCCGAUUAUUCAACCUUCGAAGAAGCAGAAGCAGCAUUUUUGAAGCUUCUCCGACGCAGCGGAGUGAGGCCGGAUUGGACUUGGGAAGCGGCCAUGCGCGCAAUUAUCAGAGACCCGCAAUACAGAGCUUUGAAGGACCCAAAGGAUCGCAAGGCUGCAUUUGAGAAAUUUGCGGUUGAGGUGCGCCUGGAAGAAAAGGAUCGGGCGAAGGAGAGGCUUGCCAAGCUUCGUACAGAUUUUAGCACCAUGCUGCGAAGUCACCCUGAGAUCAAGCAUUAUACACGCUGGAAGACUGCUAGACCUAUCAUUGAGGGCGAAACGAUCUUCAGAUCUACAGACGAUGACAAUGAGCGACGCCAAUUAUUUGAAGAUUACAUUAUUGAGUUGAAGAAGACGAACAUGGAGCGCGAGGCUUCGACUCGCAGGGCCGCUAUGGACGAGCUUGUUGAGAUCAUGCACGGUCUUAACCUGGAACCAUAUACUAGAUGGGCAGAGGCACAAGGUAUCAUCCAAUCAAACCAGCGAUUCAAAGGUGAUGAGAAAUUCCAGACACUCACGAAAUCUGAUAUGUUGACCGCUUUCGAGAAUCAUAUCAAGUCUCUGGAGAGAACAUUCAACGAUGCUCGCCAACAGCAGAAAAAUCAGAAAUCAAGACGAGAACGCCAGAACCGCGACCGCUUCAUUGACCUUCUGAAUGACUUGAGGAAAGCUGGAAAGAUCAAGGCUGGGGCCAAGUGGAGUCAAGUAUACCCCUUAGUUCAAUCUGACGAAAGGUACACGAACAUGCUCGGUCAACCCGGCUCUACACCACUGGAUUUGUUUUGGGACAUUGUUGAAGAAGAGGAACGAGCCUUGCGUGGAACUCGGAAUGAUAUUUUGGACGUGUUGGAUGACAAACGUUUUGAGAUACAGCAGAAGACCACCUUUGAGGAGUUUCUUACCCUUAUGCAAACAGACCGGCGUACUGCUAACAUCGAUCGAGACGCUCUGUCUUUGAUAUUUGGAAGGCUCCAUGAGAAGGUAUCUCGUCGAAACGAAGACGACAAACACAUGGCAGAGCGAAAGCAACGCCGUGCUGUAGAUGACCUGCGAUCUUACAUGAAACAUCUGGAGCCUCCGAUCAAGGUGGAUGAUACUUAUGAGAAGGUUAAGCCGCGUAUUGAGCGAUCAGGAGAGUACCUUGCCCUUCCCACUGAUGAUCUACGACGUUCUGCCUUCGAUAAGGUUAUCCGUCGUUUGAAAGACAAGGAGGAUGACGAGAGAGAUCGAGCCAAGCGCCGUGACCGAGAGUCUAUCGAGCGAUCAAGCUAUCGAGAGAGGGAAAGAGAGAGAAUUGACAGGGAUAGAGGUGAGAGAUCUCACCGAAAUGGUGGUCGCCAUGGUAGGCCAAGCCGCAGCCCUGAGCCCGAUGCAUAUGAAGCAGAUAGGCGCAAGGCUAUCGCCGAUCGUGAGAAGAACUACCGCAAAGGUAACGUUGCAGAUACUCUACUCUCACCUGCUCGCCGAGGAAACGAUCGGUCUGAAAGGGAUCGCGACUUUGAUAGAUCUCACAGAACACGCCGUGAUGAUCCUCUCGAUCGCCAUGAGAGGGAUCCCCGCGACAAGAGAGAGCGAGAUGACGACCGCGAGAGGCUCUAUAGGAGAAGAGGUGAUCCAAGGGGUAGCAUUGAUGAGUUGCCCUAUGGUGAUGAGAAGCCGAGUUCGGUCAGGCGUAGAAGGGCUGACAGUGACCUUGAAAGCGGGGGUAGCAAAAGGGAUACUAAGAGGACAAGGAGAGAACGAACCCCGCCACGAGAGUCUCCCGCACAGGAUCGUACCGUGAAGGCUAAGACGCCAACCACAACAUUGCCACCAAAGGAGGAUGCAGCUGUACACUCGGGAAGCGAGGAAGGCGAAAUUGAAGAAGAGUAGGGAACUAACAUGCCAUCGGAAGGCGUUGUACAAGACCUGUACGUAACAAGUUAACAUUUUUUGCCUAACACGAUAACCUCGGCCACAUGACAGUUCGAUUCAAGCCAAUGUUUAACAGCACCAAAAGAGACAUCCGAAUCACGAUCAUAAAGCCCAGGGACAACUAGUGGGGCAUCUGGUGUGUAUAUCGUAUCUCUUUGCUUUUAUUCGAUGAACUAGUUUUAAAGCCGUAGAUGAAUCCAUUUCGGGCUCAGGUCGUUUCAAUACUUAAUAUGAAUGACUAUGCCAACAGUGGAAGAUUUUUGUUCUCCAUGCUAGCUUUAAAUCACC